GGUAAAAUUUAAAUGGCAAUGCGUAACAUGACAGUGAAUUAGAGCAAAAUACAGUGAACGAAGAAUACAGAAAAGGAGAGGCAAAGAGUAAAACAUGGAGCCGAAAGAUGAUGCGCUAGACGAUAUACUGGCGUCUGUAGGCUUUGGCAGGUGGACGGUACUAUACUUCACCAUCUCAGUCUUAGCCGCGGUGCUGGAGGUGAGCAACGUAAUGGUCGCGGAGUUCACUGCACCACCACUGCACUACUCCUGCGCCUCCUCUCCUGCACCCACUGCCUUCACCAACCUCACAUCACAUCUGGCAUGCGAGGCGCACCGCGCAACAUUGCAAGGUGUUCAACAGGACGUUGAGUGUCAACAUUUCGUGUUUAACACCACCGUCUUCACCACGACGGUCACUUCAGACCUGGAGCUUGUGUGUGAGCGCAGCUGGUACCGCAGCUUACAUCAGAUGGUGCUGACACUUGGGUGUACUGUAGGUGCACUCACUGGCGGCGUCUUCACUGAUUUGCUGGGCCGUCAAAGGUCCCUGUUCUACGGGGCGCUCCUGAUGACCACCUUCACGCUGGUGGUGGCCUCGGCGCCGUCCUUGCUGGUGCUCCUGCCCGCCAGGUUCCUGCUGGGGGUGUCCAUGCAUCUUGUUCUUAACCCCGCCAUCACUAUGGGUAUGGAGGUGUGUCCACCCAAGCUACGUACGUUGUACGGCAGCGUGGAGAGCGUUCCGUACGCAGUGUCCAUGCCGCUGUUGGCCGUACUUGCGUACGGCUGCAGGCAGUGGAGACUGCUACAGCUGCUGUGCUCCGUGCCACUCUUCGUGCUGCUGCUGCUCUCCUGUCCAUUUAUAAUGGACGAGUCGCCGCGCUGGCUGCUGAACCGCGGUGAAGUCGCUGCCGCAGCGUCGGUCAUCCGCAGAGGCGCGCGACUGCACGGAACAGAAGACAACCUCCCAUCCGACCUCGACCACCGUCUCACUUUACUAACUCAACAUGAAAAUGAACCAGCGGAGCCACUGAGUGCCAAGUUGUGGUCGCUGGUAGCGCACAGGGAGAUGAGGCUCGUCAGUUGCGUGGUCAUGGUGCUGUGGUUCUGUGAGGGCGUGUUGUACCUCACUCUUCCUCUCCAGUCCCACUCACAUCAGUCUCCGUUCUUGUACAUGGCACUACUCGGUCUGCUGGAGGUACCAGCAUCCUUCGUGGUGAUCCCUCUCGGGGACACCUAUGGUAGGAUUGUGGUAUCUGUGACCUGCGCUCUGACUACAAGCGCCUUCCUCGCUGCUAUGGUGGCUCUGCAAAUGCUAGACCCGACUAGGGAGACGCUGCUGCUGAGCUCGGCAGUCCUCGCCUACAUGACGAUGGUCGGAGUCUCUCAGAUGUUACGUCUCCUGACGUCAGAGUUGUUCCCCACGUCAGUACGGGGAUUGGGUACAUCGUUGGGGCUUUUCAUGGCGAACUUUGCUUACAAUGUACCCCCUCUACUGUCUGCUGUCGUCCCGCCUUCUCUGCCGUGGCUGUCGCUGGCGCUGAACGUGGGCCUGGCGCUGCUGAGCGCUGCGCUGGUGCUGCUGCUGCCCGAGACCAGGCGACGACCGCUGCUGCAGACCGUGCAGCAGCACGUUGCUUUCCAGACAACCAGACCAAGAAAAACUGAGAAACUCGGGUCUGUUAAGUACAAAAAUAUUGUAUAAUGUUAAAUCAAGUUCCGGUUAAUUUUAUUACAUAAAUGAGCCAUACGAUUACAUCGUGAGCACUGAUGUCCUUACCUUCUCAACUAUUUCAUGUAACGUUAAUUUGUUCCACGUAUCUCGUGCUCAUUGGGAGAACAGCGGCCGCUGAGCUUGCGAUGUUCCCACAGCUAACACUUUCUCGGAAAUGCUCGAAAAUUUUCUAGAAAAUUUCAGUAUUUCGAUUCGAAUAUUAACGUGGAUUCUGCCGUGUAUUUAAGUAAUAUAUUAUUUCUGCAUUUAUAGUAGUCUAGAAAUGUUAAAAAUUCACUUGUUCUGCUGAUCGAUGAAGAAUCUCAGACAGUCAAAUUAUCUAGUCCCUGUAGUUAGUAUUUUUAAUUAAUGUUCUGAAAAUAACCUUAAUUAAGAUAGAAAUGAAAAUUGGGAUGAAGAAACACUCAAGCAAUACCUUUUGUCGUUCAUAAGUUAUUCGAUUGUUUUACGUACAAUUGUUACCUUUUACUACAUUCCAACAUUAUUCGUUUGCGAGUACUUUAUAACUACAAAAGCAAUUGUCAAAUUAUUUAUUAUAUCAAAUUAACC